CACCCAGCUCAGCUCCCAGCUGACACGACUAAAAUCGCCAAAACAGAAGAAGGUGAUCUCCAAAGGCAGUGUGCAUUUUUUCAGAUCAGCUGUUGAUAUUUGAAGCUGAAGAACUCACUAAAACUAAUUUAACUAGAUCUACUAGUUACUACUGUCCGACAAAUCUCGACUUUCUUUCCAGAUUAGGGAAAAAUAUUUAAAUCAAGAUGCCACUUAAAUUUGCAGCCAACAUUUCCAUUAUGUUCACAGAGCUACCAAGUUUCGCUAGUCGGUAUGCCGCGGCUAAAACAGCGGGAUUUCAAGCUGUGGAGUGUGUCUUUCCUUUCGAGUUUUCGAAAGACGAAAUAGCAUCAGCAAGAAAGCAAGCAGAAGUGGAACACGUCUUGAUGUCCAGCUAUCCUGGUGAUAGGACAGCGGGGGAGUUUGGACUAGCUGCCCUUCCGGGUAGACAGAAAGAAUUCCGGGAAACUCUUGAGCUUUCCAUAGAAUAUUGCAAAGCUCUUUGUUGUAAGAGGAUGCAUGUAAUGUCUGGAAGGAUUCUGGCUCAUGAGGAAGGUCAAAGGUCAAGUCUUCUCUCUCAGAUGGAGGAAACGCUGGUGGAAAAUUUGAAGUAUGCAGCUAAUAGACUUUUGAGGGAAGACAUCAUAGCUGUCAUAGAGCCAAUCAAUGAUAGAUACACCAUUCCAAACUACUUUCUCACAAGGCAAGACCAAGCUGUUGAUAUAAUCAAGAGAGUUGGCUGUGACAAUGUGAAACUGCAGCUGGAUAUUUACCAUGUCCAACUUGUCCAUGGUGAUCUAACGAGAAUCAUCAAGGAAUACAUGCCUUAUGUAGGUCACAUCCAGGUAUCACAAGCUCCUGGAAGAAAUGAGCCCAGUCUGAAGGGAGAGAUAGACUAUGACUAUAUCUUUGAUGUGCUUGAGAAGUCUGGUUACGAUGGCUGGAUAGGAGCGGAAUACAAGCCCUCUACAGGAAAUACAGAAGACAGUCUAGCUUGGUUUCAGAGAUUCAGAUGAAUAGGGCCAAUCUUCAUCCUGAUCUAGAGGGAAUCAAGUGAAGGAUAUAGCAGGUCUAGAGAUAGUAAUGGACCUCAGAUAUACUAGCAAGACAUUCUCAUCAUGUACUAUUGAUUUACCACCUACCAGUAUUCCUUUUAUCAGAAGGUUCUUGCAUAUUUUAUCACAUUUAGGACAUCAUUUUUUUCAAAAUGGAUCCAGCUAGCUGCAGCAAUGUUUCGCCGAACUUAAUAGCUAUUAAAGUGUACAAAAUUCAACAUUUAAAGCUGAAUAGACGAAGGAAAACCUUUAGUUCAAAAUUUCAAAAUUGACUGAAUGCAACAUAUAUUGUCUCACUUGACAGCUACAAAAUUGCAGUUUAUGAAACUGAAUAGUAUAAUUUUAGAGAUUGUGUGUCUGCGUAGUGAUGAGCUAUUAAAAUUGCCAUGGUAACCAGUGGCUCAUUUAGUAUUUUCAAAAAGCUAAGUUUAAAAUGAACUUUUUCCAUAUUGUUUAACUCUUAAGCUGCCCCCAUGCAAUUCACCCAGUGCCACAGUGCUAAUCCCUAUUGUGCCAGCCACUAAUCCCCUCCGUGCCAAAUUUAAUUUAGGGUUGGUUCAAGUGUGUGUAGUUUAAAUUGUUUCUAUGUUUGAUCCACUAAACAUCUCAUCCGUAUGUUGUAUUAAAAAAAAUGUACAUUCAAGUUGUAGGAAAUUUAACCCUCUCUCUGUUGAUACCAAUAUCAUUUCAUGAAUCUGUUAUUUUGGUAAAGUAAAUAAGCACUAUCAUUGUGAUGUCAAAUCAAUCCGUUGUCUCAUUUCCCGCACACAAUCUGGGGGUCAGACGUACAAAUGUUGUGUUCGCCCUCUCUGUCCGACCCCACAUAUAGUUGUUCAACAGCUGUUUUUGUCAGAAUACUUACAUGCUUUAAGACUUAAUGUUUUAAUUUUGAUGACCAACUAUUCGUGAUAUUCUGUUCUUCUAAACCUGAAUUUUAAUGGUCCUAAUGAUUUUAGUAAAUUCAAACCUGAAAUUUCUUUUCUUUUAACUUUUCCUUUCACCUGAAGUUAUUGCCCGUCAUCCAUCGUCAAUUCAAGGUUGUAUGUCAUGUGUAAACAUUAACAAUUUAAUCUUCAUUCAAUCCCAUGGUCAGAAUUUUGCCAGUUUGGCAGGAAUCGUGCUCAAGAGCAAGGUGUACUCAUUGCCCCCUUGGUCCUAGAGGCGAAAUCAAAUUGUUUUGUUCAUGUACUUUACAGGUAUAUAAAAAGUAAUACAUGUAUGUACACUGUGUAGACUCAUAUAUAUAUAUAUAGAUAUACAUGUAUUUGUAUAUAAUAAUGUAAUAUAAAAAGUUAAAAUGUUUGCAUGGCAGGGCAUUUAUUAGGGGUAACAUGUUAGGGGUGGGGAGGGGGGGGGUAUGGAGCAUGGGCAUUUACAGGAAUGUUCACUUUGUUAAUACCACAAGAAGGUUGCAUCAAGCCUGACUUUAUCUUUUCAAACUCAGGUGAGCAUCAAAACCUCUUAAGCCUUUAUUAUUAUUUCAAUUGUAAAUCAGAAAUAUCAUUGGAGUCAACAUAUUAGGUGUUUACAAAUAAAAAAGAUAUUUUCAUACUGUA